AUGCGCCUGUUACAAUCUAAAUGUUUUCUUAUCAGUCUUACUCUGUUAAUAUCUAUCUAUCUAUCUAUCUAUCUAUCUAUCUAUCUAUCUAUCUAUCUAUCUAUCUCUUUCUGUUCAUAUAUAUCUAACUCUGUCUAUUCAUAUCUAUCUAUCUAUCUAUCUAUCUAUCUAUCUAUCUAUCUAUCUAUCUAUCUAUCUCUGAUGGCGCGCAAGAGUGAGUCACUCACUCCCCACUCUUUCACUUUCUUUCUUUCUUUCUUUUUUCUUUUUUUCUUUCUUUCUUUUUUCUUUCUUUCUUUCUUUCUUUUUCUUUUCUUUUCUUUUUUCUUUUUUCUUUUUUUUUUCUUUCUUUAUUUUUUUAUUUCUUUUCUUUCUUUUCUUUCUUUCUUUCUUUCUUUCUUUCUUUCUUUCUUUCUUUCUUUCUUUCUUUCUUUCUUUCUUUCUUUCUUUCUGUGUCUUUUUAGGAGAUCAAAAUCACUCGAGGAACGUCAUCGCUUCUUUCUUCUGACUGUGAUCUCUUUUUCGAUAUUCACCUCAGGGUGUUGCUAA